AUGGAGAACUCCAUCAACUUAACAGCAUCAAAGAUUGAUCUUAUGACAUUAGAAGAACUAAGAGAUCCUAAUUUAAUCAGUCGCUAUCCGCCAUUAUUUCAACGAAGGCAACAUUAUGUGGCUGUUGAUGACAACUCACAAACCAAGUUCGGUCGUUCACUAACUCAGCAACAUCAAAAUAGAUCCAAGGUGUAUGAGACAGCACACCUGGCUUUAUUCAAUUAUCCACAAUCACAAUCACAAGCACCCGCACAACGGCCUCCAGAACAGUCCGAAAUUUCCCUAAACUCAACUUCUUCACACAAGGAAACAACAGAAAAGAAACCACAUCGAAGUUCAACCCUCUUUUUCAAACAUCGUUCCAAGAAAACCAAAAAGUUGGAAAGACAAGAAACUUUAAGGAGAUCAAUCAGCAAGCCAUACCUUCAAGCUAAUGACCAAAAAGAGCUAGAACAACCAACCAACCACUCCGAUACUAUUGAACCAAUAUACGUUCAUGCAUUGUAUCCUUAUAGAACCAAACGAUCCAUAAAGAUCAAAAGGGAUGUAUCAUUAUCACCUGAUGAAUCAAGAAAUGAUCAAACAGGGGUGGCAAUGUCUCCGAUGUCACACCACCGGUUAAGAGUCAUUCGAGGUCAAACUCGUCUCCCAAAUUCGCCAGGACAACAAUUAUCAGCUAUAAAUAGUUUAGUUGUGCCACCAGUUGGAUCAAGUCAAAUCAUUGGUAACCCGGCAAAUUAUUCUAGCACAAUUGUCCAUCCCAAUAUGCGACAAGACCAACUAAAUAAUAACAAUAGACAACAACUAAACUUUAUACGAUAUGAUAUGAUGAAUUUGGAUAAUAGUAAUGCUUUAUCGCCAAUUAUUAAUGAAUCUGAAUUCACAUCAGCUCAAGUGAAUCAACAGCCAAGUCACAAUUUGAAUGAAAUUUUAAUUCCAACCUCGACAUUCUUUGUUCCAACAACAAGUGAUUCUGAUGAAAGUUAUUAUAGUGUUGAAGAUGAAGUUCCACAUUUCGCCACUGUAAGCAACACAAAUGAUAUUAGAGUACAUGCUCGUUCGCAGCAGCAGCAGCAGCACCACCGUAAUCAUCAUCACCAGCAUCAUCAUAUUCGUCAAGUGUCUUCGCCAUUAUACAGAUUCAAUGAUAGUCAAACAACAAGGUAUGCUCUGCCAUUUGCCAGACAGAGCGAUUCACCUGUGAGAGGAAGGUGA